CCGCAGCAGCCGCCUUUUUCCCAACUUUCGCGCGAUAAUUUAUGCAACGUUCGAUUGCUGGAUAAUCAAUUUAUUGCGAGAAAAAUAAAGAGGACUAUCGAUAAUGAAUACCAGUGAGUCGUCUACGGAAAAAGACUUGAAAGCACCAGGGAAUCUGGUGUCCGAACAGGAAAGUUCCCUCGCCCGGGAAGCGCAAAACGAGUAUGUUAAAAAUGAUUUCGUGGCCUGCAGUUAUCUACUGGAAAAACUAGAGGUGUUGAGGCCUCAAGAUUUGAAAGUCACUCACAAUAAGAUCCUUACUGACUAUUGCAAAAGCAUAGAGACAACAAGGAUCGAGGUGCUUAGGAAGAGUCUGAAUGCCAUCAGUGCACAAAAUACAGGAGCUGCUAAAGCGACAGAUGUCGAGGAUGUUGAUAGAAGUGUGCUUAAAUACAAUCAGGCAGUGAUAUUGUAUCACAUGGGGCAGUAUCAGGCUGCACUGGAAAUUGUAAAUAUUUUGUUUGCUAUCAUUGAACCUAUGGAGGAAAGUUUUGUACAUAAAGUAUGUCUUUUACUCAUCGAGCUCCAUUUGAUCCUGGGAAGGCCAGAUACUGCUCUUGCACUUGUUAAUUAUAUAGAAAGUCAAUUCACAUCUACUGCUGAUACCUCAAAGUCUGCAUUAGGUGAACAAGGUCAGAAUCAGAAAAAUGAUAAUAUAAUUAAGUCAAAUGCUAGAUCUGCUAACUCAUCUGUAGCUGAUAAGGAACAAAAAAAAGACAGCAUUGACAUUGCUACUGAUGCGUUUCGUAUUAAGCUGCUCAAAUAUAAAUUGAAAAUUUAUUUAAAGACACUACAGUUGAAACUUUGCAAAAAGGAGUGGAAAACCUUAGUGUCUUUAGGAAUGCCUACAAAUAUCUCAACAAUAUUUUUGAAAGCUAACUUGGAAUACCUGAGAAAAAAUUUUAAAAAAGCUAUGAAACUUUUAAACACUCUAAAACCUGAAGAAUGUCCUGAAUUUAGAACUUCUGGAGAAUGCAUUCCUGUUCUUUAUUAUAACAAUGUAGCUAGUCUUCAUUUUGCAAUGGGAAAGCCAAAUUUAGCCUGUUUCUAUCUGAAAGCAGCUCUAGAAGAAAAUAAGAAAGCUCUUGAUAGUAUAAAAGCAACGGAAAAUUCAAAUAAUUCACAAUUAUCACCACUGCAUACUCUUGGAAAAAACAAACAUUAUGAAUUAAUAUAUAGUUUAGGUGUGAGUUUUUUAUACUCUGGUCAGCCAACAAAAGCAUUUGAUUGCUUUACUGAAGCAGCUCAGCAAUUCCACAACUGUGCGAGUCUCUGGUUGAGAAUGGCUGAAUGUUGUAUACUUUGUCAUAAAUCUUCGAACAAAAUUGAUUUUGAUCUUACAAAUAGACGUAAAGAUAUAGUAGAAAAUGUUGUUGGAGAAAAUAACGGUAUAAGUGUUAGUAGGAAAUUCAUUUUAGCUAGUUCAUUAUCAAAAAAUUAUAAAUACAGCUCAGAAGGCUUGUCAUAUGCUAUACCACAGCCCACAUUAGAAUAUGCAAUGCUGUGCCUUAAAAAUGCUAUUUUCCUACUACCAAAGACAUCUUAUGAAGAUACCAAUCUACCAAUAGCUAACAUAUCUUUAGAAGAUAGCACCAAGAAAACAAUAAUUGGACAACAACAAUCAAGUUUUCUUGUUACACUUGCAUCGUCAGCUAAAUUAGCUAACAAUACAAAUUCAACAACUCCAAUCAAUCCAUCUCAUAGUUCUACCAAAGCAACUCCAUCUCAAUUUACUAUAAUUGAAAAUUUGAACCUGAAAAUUAGUAUUUUAACUGCAAGUGCUUACACUGCACUGUGUCUGGGUGAUUACAAAUUAGCUUUGGAGCAUGCUAAAUCAUUGCUUAGCAUUAAUAAACUACCUGGAGCACAUUGGUUGCUUGGUAAUUUGUAUGCAGCAGAGAGUCUAAUAUUUUUGGACAGGAUAUCUGAAGCUAUGGAGUACUUGAAGCCUGAGACAUUAGAAGAUCUCAACACUUAUGUACCUAUUGGAGAAGUUGUUGGAGAUAAGGAGAAAAUAAUUGAAGAAGUAAUAGAACAGAAAUCAAGUAAAGUUUCAUGGUAUCCACCAAACAUAGCUACAGCUAAAUCAAUUUUUCGGUACAAUUUAGCGGUUGCUUAUGCUAUUCGAGGAGAACUUGAUAAAUCAGGAGAAAUAUUGAAACAGGUAUGGACAUCAAAAGGUCCAGAUUGCGACGUUCCUAUUCAUGUUAUCAUGUUAGCUCUUUACAUUGAAUUACAAUUAGGUCAUAUUGAAAUUGCACGAUCUUUGAUUAAGCAGAACUACUGUUCAUCACAUCAGCAAUAAUAUGAAACGAUUGAUUCUUAUUUUUUAUUUCUUUUUUUGUAAAAAUUAUUUAUAUAAUGUAUCAAAAUGUAC